AGGCGGCGCGCGCAGCCUCGGCAGCGCCUCUGAAGGAGCCGCCGCGAGCCCCGAGCCGAAGCGGGGAAGAAACCGGGAAGAGCCGGGAAGAACCGGGGCCCAUCGAGCCGAGCAGAGCCGGGCGGAGUCAGCGGGGUUAUGAGGGCGGGCGCCGCCGCCUCCCCGUGAGGAGCCGCGGGCGCGGGGAGCGCGCGAGGCCGCCCCGCCACAGGAAGCCAUUUUGUGGGCCCCCUCCUCCUCCUCGCUCUCGUCCUCUUCCUCCUCCUCUUCGUCCUCCGCCGUCGCCGCCGCCCUCGGGAGCGGCCGGGCCCGGUGAAGGAGGCGGCGAGGAGGGGCGGCGGCGGCCGCCGCGCCCUCCCCCAUGGCGAAGAAAACCUACGACCUGCUCUUCAAGCUGCUGCUCAUCGGGGACUCGGGGGUCGGCAAGACCUGCGUCCUCUUCCGCUUCUCCGACGAUGCCUUCAACACCACCUUCAUCUCCACCAUCGGGAUAGACUUCAAGAUUAAAACCGUUGAAUUGCAAGGAAAGAAGAUCAAGCUGCAGAUCUGGGACACGGCGGGGCAGGAACGCUUCCACACCAUCACCACCUCCUAUUACCGCGGGGCCAUGGGCAUCAUGCUGGUGUACGACAUCACCAACGCCAAGAGCUUCGAGAACAUCAGCAAGUGGCUGCGGAACAUCGACGAGCACGCCAACGAGGAUGUGGAGAGGAUGCUGCUAGGAAACAAGUGUGACAUGGAAGAUAAAAGAGUUGUCCCUAAAGCAAAAGGUGAACAGAUUGCCAGGGAGCACGGUAUUAGGUUUUUUGAAACUAGUGCAAAAGCAAAUAUAAACAUUGAGAAGGCAUUCCUCACAUUAGCAGAAGACAUUCUUCGAAAGACCCCUGUAAAAGAGCCCAACAGUGAAAAUGUAGAUAUCAGCAGUGGCGGUGGGGUGACGGGCUGGAAGAGCAAGUGCUGCUGAACCUUCUCCUCUCUCACCAAUCGCCAUCCACCGCCGCCCCCUUUUUUUUGUUUUCUCGCUGCAAAAACAAACCACUCUGCCCGUUGUUUUUUUUUUAACCCAAAACCGAUGGGAUUUUGGUUUUUUGUUUUGUUUUGUUUUGUUCCUCAUCUUAACGAGCUCCUGCCUCCCCUUGGUUUUCCGGCUAGGACGGCUUUGCCUACUCCAGGUUUUCUCAACACGUGUAUAGGAAAUUUCAUCUCCGCCACUUGGUUUCCGUGUCCCUGCUCAGCUCUCACCGCUACGUUUGGGUUGUAUUAUAGUCCCGUCCCUCCUGCCAUUAAACCCCCCCAGAGCAAUCAUACUCAACUCUCUUCUGCAAAUUGUCUAAGAAUAAAGGUUAGAAUUAACAAUUGAUUUUGUACGACAGUGGAAUUUUCUGUCACGGAUCAUGUGCUUGAGUCACCGUAUUUCUCUAGAUGCAUCAGGCAAGAGCCAGGAAAAAAAAAAACUCAUUUUCGCCUUGAGUCCGUGAGUGGGGUUUCUUUGUCCUGUGCCUUAUGUGGAAAAAGGAACUUUUAUUUUCACUUUAUUUUCUCUUUUCUGGUGGAAGCAUGUGCAGGAGACAUCCCAUUCCCCCCGUGCCAUUGAGUCCUGACCUCUGUAGUGGUUGCUUUCUGUAACGUUGGUGUCACGCAUCGAGGACAAAGGGUGGUGCAAAACAAAAGCAAACUCCAUGUAACCUGCUGUGUCUCCUCUUGGCAAUCCCGCCGUUCCCAACUCUUCCUGCUGCCAUAUUUUUUUUUUCCCCUCACUUUGCCUCUCUUCCCCUUUUUUUUUUUAUUUUCUCCUUUUUUUUUUUUUUCCUUCUUUUUUUUUUUUUUUUUUUUUGCCUGCAUGCCGCUUCGAUUUGCGUUUCUCCACGGUGUGUGAUGUGUUAACGGAAAGGAUGGCAACGCGGUGUGUUUGCCAAAAAAAAAAAAUGAAUAUAAAUUUAAUACAAAGCACUGAUUUUAGCUUCCGAGGUAAAAAAAGAUGUCGAGAUUCCUACUAACCCCCCCUAGGCCUGUCCGUCACUAGUGAUCCCCUCCUCCCGCUAGCCCCGGCCUUUCCCAUAUGGAAGAGUUACUUGCAUGCACUAGUUUCUAUGGAGGGUGAUUGUGGUCGUCUAUUUUCUGUGUAUGAAUAUAACCUGGAUUCCCAAACUGACAACAAGUUCAUUUAACACGAGCUUCCAGCUUUCUGUCCCCUCUCCCGGGGCCGCGGGGCCGGGCCCAGGCUGAGCGGAACCGGAUGGAAAGGGAAGGAAAGGAAAGGGAAGGAAACAGCCCGGAGACGCUUGAAUUUAUUCCCUGCCUGGAACAACUUCCCGCUUUCCAAUGGCGCUGGGGGAUUUCUCCCCCGGGGGAUGGAGCUGUUCCAGCUCUCCCAGCCGCUCCUGUCGCUGUCACCCGGCUGUGCUGGCCCUGCUGUCAUUGUCACCCGGCCGUGCUGGCUCUGUCCUGCACUGUCACCCGGCCGUGCUGGCUCUGCUGUCAUUGUCACCCGGCUGCGCUGGCUCUGUCCUGUCUGUCACCUGGCUGUGCUGGCUCUGUCCUGUCACUGUCCCCUGGCCGUGCUGGCCCUGUCCUGCCUCUCCUGUCGCUGUCCCCCGGCCGUGCUGGCCCUGUCCUGCCUCUCCUGUCACUGUCCCCCGGCCGUGGUGGCCCUGUCCUGUCGCAGGAGUGUCCCAGCGCCCCGGCUCCGCCGUGCACCAGCCGCAGGUCCCGGCCCCGCUCCGCUCCCGGCCCCGGCCCCGCUCCGCCCUCGCCGCUAACGCUGAGUGAAUUUUGGAAUGAAAUGACGGUGUUUUAACACGGGACUCGUGCUCCGGAGCGGGGGCUCCCCCAGGUGUCUCCCUGUCCCUCUCUAUUCGGCAUUUUGUCCCCGUGUGGGUGUUAACCCUUCCCAGGCGAGUGGCUGCUGGGGUCCGGCUGAAUCUGCACUUUUCUAACGUGAUCAAAAA